AUGGCGAGGGGUGGCAGCGCCGUGGCUGUCCUCUCCUUCCUCCUCGGCCUCCCGCUCCUCUCCGUCCUCGUCGCCGGCGAGGACCCGUACCGGUUCUUCACGUGGAACGUCAGCUACGGCGACAUCUACCCGCUCGGCGUCAAGCAGCAGGGGAUACUGAUCAAUGGGCAGUUCCCCGGGCCGCAGAUAGAGGCCGUCACCAACGACAACCUCGUCGUCAAUGUCUUCAACAAGCUCAACGAGCCAUUCCUCCUCUCCUGGAGCGGGAUACAGCAGCGGCGGAACUCGUUCGAGGACGGCGUGGCCGGGACGACGUGCCCGAUCCCGCCGGGCGCCAACUUCACCUACAUCCUGCAGGCCAAGGACCAGAUCGGCACCUACUUCUACUUCCCCUCCCUCGCCUUCCACAAGGCCGCCGGCGGCUUCGGCGGCAUCCGCGUCCUCAGCCGCCCCAGGAUCCCGGUCCCCUUCCCGCCACCAGCCGCCGACUACACCGUCCUCAUCGGCGACUGGUACAAGACCAACCAUACCGAUUUGAGGUACAUGCUCGACAGUGGCAAGGCACUUGGCUUCCCCGAUGGCCUGCUCAUCAACGGUCGCGGCUGGAACGGCUACACCUUCACCGUCCAGCCCGGCAUGACGUACCGUUUCCGGAUCACCAACGUCGGGCUGGCCACGUCCCUCAACAUCAGGUUCCAGGGGCACACCAUCAAGCUGGUGGAGGUGGAGGGCUCGCACACCAUGCAGACCGCCUACUCCUCCCUGGAUGUGCACCUUGGCCAGUCCUACUCGGUGCUCCUCACCGCGGACCAGCCUGGCUUCGACUACUCCAUCGUCGUCUCCACGCGCUUCACCACCAAGAUCAUAUCCACCACCGCCGUCCUGCACUACGCCAACUCCGCCGGCAAGGCUCCCGGCCCUCUGCCCGGAGGCCCCACCACCCAGAUCGACUGGUCGCUCAACCAGGCCCGCUCUAUCAGAUGGAACCUGACGGCGAGCGGGCCGAGGCCCAACCCGCAGGGCUCGUACCACUACGGCCAGGUGCCCACCACCAGGACCAUCAGGCUGGCCAACUCGGCGGCCACCAUCAACGGCAAGCAGAGGUACGCGGUGAACAGCGUGUCCCACGUCAACGCAGACACGCCCCUCAAGAUCGCCGACUACUACAAGAUCGCCGGCGUGUUCUCGGUGGGCACCAUCUCCGACAGCCCGACAUACGGCGGUGCCUACCUUCGGACAUCGGUCAUGGGGGCCGACUACAGAGGCUACGUCGAGAUUGUGUUUGAGAACUCUGAGAACGAGGUGCAGUCGUGGCACAUCGACGGCUACGCCUUCUGGGUUGUCGGAAUGAAUGGAGGAAAAUGGUCGCCGGCAAGCAGGCAGAUCUACAACUUGAGGGAUGGCGUUUCACGGUACACUGUUCAGUUUACCCCAAUGCAUGGACUGCAAUCUACAUGCCCCUUGACAACGUGGGCAUGUGGAACGUGA